CUUGAAGUGCCCGCCUGUAAAGUGAACCUAUGGCGGUAGAACUCAGUUACCUUGGUUACCGAUGCAUACCUUACCUAUGGCGGCUUGUAAGAAUUAUGUCUUGGAUUAAAAAAAAAAAAAGCAAAAAACAUGAAAGCUGGAUAGAAAAAUGAGUGGGAGAGACCUUCGCACAUUUAUUACUUCACACAGAGCCAGAGAUCAAGAAAGCCUUGUUAUCCGAAUGAAAAAUGGACUUGGUAGUCAGAAAUAUAAACCAGUGGAUUAUCAGCAUCUUCAGGCAAUUACUGAAGCCAAGAAAGUGGCCUCUGCAGGCAUAGAAUUUAAAAUUUUGAAAACUGAGCAAGCUGCAAAGAUCACUAAAGAACAGAUGCUUAUAAAGCAACAUCAACAGGUGUGGUGGCAGCAGCAGAAAAUACUGAUGGAGAUGAGGGAAAAAGCAGAGUCAGAAUUGCAACAGUUCUUGGAAGACAGGAAUAUUGAAGUGCAGUUUUUGACAGAUAUGAAGACACUUGAGCUGCAAAUGCUGGAGGACCAGGAAACAUUUAAAUCUGCUACAGUGAAUCCCAUAUGGGAGCUUAAGGAUGACUUGAGGCACAGACUGACUCAACUGCAGUAUCAUGACACGCAGCAGUCUCUUGAAGUAGAUGCGACAGAUCUUUUAGCAAUAGUGGAGCAGGUAGAAUUUGUGAAGAUUCAGCAGGACGCAGUUAUGGAAAAGCUAAAUCUUCAGAAAAUGGCUUUAGAUCAGCAGAUCAAAGACACUGAAAGCAAGAUAUUUGUGGAUUUUAGUGAUGUGAUCCCUAUCCAUUUGGAAUGGUGUCCAGAGGAAGUCCAGAGUUUUGACUGUCCAUAUCCAGAUCUUAAGAACUCAAUUGUGCAGGAAUUCCAGAACAUUAAUGAUAAAUACACGUCCAAGUUACAUUUAAUUGAGCAUCAGCUGCAUGAUACUGAUAGGAACUGUGGGUGGUCAGAAGAGGACCAGUGGAUAUUCCAAGUCAUUUUAGAAUGGUACCCUAAGGAUCUACAGAAAAGGAGAACCCUGUAUUUGGAUAUGUUACAGAGACAACUGCCACACAAAUCAAGGCAGGAACUGGUGGCUCAUGAGCGUGCUUGGCAGUGCUAUCAGUAUGCAAUACAACACAAGAAGGCUUUGAUUCAAAACUGGGCCAGAGACAGAAAAGACCUAACAAUAAAAGCAUUUAUGACCUUAGCUGAAGCAUCUGCUACAUAUGAAUCAGAAAUGGCACUGGCUGCUGAAAGGAGAAGACAGCAGGACAUCUGUGCAGACCUAAAGGAGAAGGUUUUGCAGUGGCGUACCCAUCAAGAAGAAGUUGCUAGAUUGGAGGCUGUUAUAGCAGAGAGAAAGGAGGAGGAAGAAGAGGAAAGAUAUAAGAAAACAAAAGAAAAGGAAAUGGCUCAGAGAACGAAGGACAAAGAAAGAAUAAGGAAUUAUUAUGCUGAGAAGCAAAAAGAAAGAGAAAAGUUACUAAUGAGAGAUGUGCAGCAGCUAGAACAACUCAAGAAACUAAUGGCUGAACAAGCAAUAAAAGACAAAGAAAGAGUCCUCUAUAGACAGGAUCUGCUGAAGGAGCAUCUUGCUGAGAAAGCAGAAAUGGCCCUUCACCAAAAGCAGGAAGAACAGGAGAGAGAAAAACGUCUUGAUGCUCUUAGACGUCAGGUUGCUGUUGUAGCUGAAUUUGAUCCAGUUAGGAUGAUGGGCGAAACAGAAGCAUCAAGAGCCAAAUUGCAGACUAAUCUAGAAGACGAAUUUGUGCUCCAAAGACCACUGUUCAAUCUACAUACCUACAGUGAGCAACAGGUACAUAGCUUUUAA